AUGGCGUUGUGUUGGCAGAGAGCUACGGUUGUUAGAUGGUUCCUCUUGAUGCUCCUGUGGCACUGGGCACCUCUGGGCCCACUGAGCUGGUUUCUGGCUCUGGCUGAGCGUCUGGACCAGAAGACCUCACCGUUCUCUUCUAUCUCCGGCCGGAGCAGCGGCCAGCUGGACUGGCUCCUGUCUGAUAAAGGGCCCUUCCAUCGCUGUCCAGAAUACACCGAGUUCAAAGAACGCUUCCAACAAGGCUUCUCCACACGCUACAAAAUCUACAGGGAGUUUAGUCACUGGAAAGUGAACAGCUUGGUGACAGAGAAGAGAGACUUCUUCAAAGCCACGCUGCCUUUGGCGCCUGAGUUUUUACGCAACCUCAGGCUUCUGGGGAGAAGGCCGAGCCUUCAGCAGAUCCAUGAAAAUCUGAUCAAGAAAUAUGGCACUCAUUUCUUGGUAUCGGCCACAUUGGGAGGAGAGGAGUCACUCACGAUCUUCUUGGACAAACAGAAGCUGAGCAAAAAGUCAGAGGGCAACGGAAACAGCUCCGUGGUCUCCCUAGAAAUAUUGCACCAGUUGGCGGCGUCGUACUUCACAGACAGAGAGAGCACCCUGCGAAGACUCCACCACCUACAGAUUGCUACAUCUGCCAUCAAGGUAACGGAGACCAGAACGGGGCCUCUUGGAUGCAGUAACUACGACAGCCUGGAUUCCGUCAGCUCCGUCUUAGUGCACAGCCCAGAAAAUAAAAUCCACCUGAAAGGUCUACAGGAUGUGCUUCCUGAGUUUCUGCGGAAUCGUUUUGUGGAGGCGGCCCUCAGUUAUGUGGCAUGUAAUUCAGAGGGCGAGCUUCUGUGCCGCAACAAUGACUGUUGGUGCCGCUGCUCUGCAAAGUUCCCUGAUUGUAACUGCCCCUUCGCAGAUAUCAAAGCCAUGGAGGAGAGUCUACGUAAGAGCAAAGAGUCCUGGAUCAACCUCAACAAUGACUUCAUGGACUCAGAUGAGUUCAAGGCCUUUCUCAAGAAAUUGCCAACAGAUCAUUUUUUAAACACCUCUGCUGUCUUAAAGUUCUGGACGUCAGAUCUGGUCCUGCAGAGACGUUAUGGUCUGCUGGAGGCGAGCACUAAAGUGGUGCUGGGAAAAGCCAUCAAGAUAGUGCGCAAACUCUUCACUCUCAGCAAGCGCUGUCCUACACAGCCAAAGAUCAGCCUGCCUAGAGAAAGGACUCUGGGUUUUUGGCUCAACAAAGCGCAGUCUCUGUUGUACUGCAGCGAGCAUGGUGUGUACAGCACCUUCUCUGAGGAAAUGCAGGGCUGCAUCUGCGCCACUGAGCAACGCACUGUCUGCCAGGGCAACGUGCCAUGUAAGGUGGGUGAGGGGACCCUCUGCUCGUCCUGCGCCCCAGACAACAUCACCCGCUGUGGCACAUGCCUCCCAGGCAGCAUCCUCUAUUUGGGAUUCUGUCGUCCCAACAUUGCCAACUCUUUGGACCACUACGUCAACUUUGACUUUGACAUGCCGGACGCAGAAAUGCGUUACCUCCUCCAAAGGCUCGACAGCCGCAUGGAGGUCCACGCCAUCUACAUCAGCAACGACGUGCGUCUGGGCAGCUGGUUCAAUCCGGCGUGGAGAAAGCGCAUGCUGCUCACCCUCAAGAGCAACAAGAACAAGUCCAACCUCAUCCACAUGCUGAUGGGGAUCUCUUUCCAGAUCUGUUCCACCAAGAACAGCACGCUGGAACCCGUGCCUGCAAUCUAUGUCAACCCCUUCGGGGGCAGCCACUCCGAGAGCUGGUUUAUGCCCAUCAACCAGCAGGAAUUCCCAGACUGGGAAAGAACUAAAUUGGACGCCUCACUCCAGUGCUAUAACUGGACCCUCGCUCUUGGCAGUAAGUGGAAGUCCUUCUUCGAAACUGUGCACAUUUACCUGCGCAGUCGCAUAAUCACAGACGAUCCCACCGCCAACGAGACGCUUUUUUAUGAGCCACUGGACCUGGAUGACCACUCGGCCAACCUGGGCUACAUGAAAAUCAAUAGCCUGAAGGUCUUUGGCUACAGCAUGCACUUUGAUCCAGAGGGAAUCAAGGACCUGAUCCUGCAGUUGGACUACCCGUACACGCAGGGUUCGCAGGAUGCGGCCUUCCUGAUGCUUCUGGAGAUGAGGGACCGCAUUAACCGGCUCUCUCCGCCAGGAGCCCAGCCGCUGGACCUCUUCUCCUGCCUGCUGAGGCACAGGCUCAAGCUUUCGUCCAGCGAGGUGGUACGCAUACGGGAAGCGCUCCAGAGUUUCAACGCCAAGCUCCCCAACUCCACCGAGUCAGAACUCAGCCAGCUGUGCAGCUAGCUCAA